CUUGUGUGACUUGGUGUACCGAAUUCUUCCUUAGCUGUCAGAAAUCUUUGAACUGAGGCUAAAAUAUAAAUAAAUUUAAAAGUUUUCGGUGUGAGGAUGAGUGAGGAACAUUAUCUGGAACUGUGUGAGAACUCGGUACAGUUCGAACAUGCCUCCAGCGUCAAUAACGUCUUCUUCGACGAGGCUAAUAAACAGGUGUUUGCGGUGCGUUCAGGUGGAGCCACAGGAGUGGUGGUUAAAGGCCCCGAUGACAAGAGCAGUGUUGCCUUCAGAAUGGACGAUAAAGGAGAAGUGAAAUGCAUCAAGUUCUCUAUCGGAAAUAAGAUCUUAGCAGUGCAGAGAACUUUAAAAUCUGUGGAUUUUAUCAACUUCAUUCCCGACUAUCCCCACACAGAAUUCACCCAGGAAUGCAAGACAAAGAACGCUAAUGUUUUGGGUUUUUGUUGGACCAACUGGAAUGAGAUCGUCUUUAUCACUGACCAGGGGAUCGAGUUCUACCAGGUGUUUCCAGACAAACGCAGCCUGAAGCUGUUGAAGAGUCAGAGCAUCAACGUAAACUGGUACCAGUACUGCCCAGAGACUGCCGUCAUCCUGCUCUCCACUACCGUUCAGGGAAACAUCCUGCAGCCCUUCGCUUUCAGGAAUGGGACCAUGUCCAAGAUGUCCAAGUUUGAGAUCGAGCUGCCUGUCGUCCCCAAACCGGCCAAACUCAGCCUGUCAGAGAGAGACAUCGCCAUGGCAACCAUUUAUGGUCAGCUGUUUGUCAUGUAUUUGAAGCAUCACUCAAGAACAGCCAACAGUCCCAGUGCAGAGGUGGUGCUCUAUCACCUACCCAGGGAGGGUGCAUGUAAGAAGAGUCACGUGUUGAAGCUGAACACGACGGGAAAGUUUGCUCUGAACAUCGUUGAUAAUUUGGUGGUGGUUCAUCACCAGAGCACACAGACAUCGCUGAUCUUCGACAUCAAACUGAAGGAGCCGGACUGUGCCGUCAACACGCACCAACCUGUCCUCCCUGCUCGCUCCAUACACCCCUACAGGAUACCACUGUCAGGUCCAGCAGUCGUGCCCUCUCAGCCUCCUGUUCCCUGUCAGCUCUACUCUUCCUCCUGGAGCGUCUUCCAGCCCGACAUCAUCAUCAGUGCUAGUGAAGGUUAUUUGUGGUAUUUACAGGUGAAGUUGCCUCCGACGGUCAACCUCCUGCAGGAUAAAGGCAAACUGAUGGACUUCCUGUUACGGCGCAGAGACUGCAAGAUGGUCAUCCUGUCUGUCUGCUCACAGAUUCUGGAGGGAAAAGAUAAAGGCAGUCUUCCUGUUGUGGCGACGGUGUUCGACAAACUCAACCAGGUGUAUAAAGAAUACCUGGAGGCUGAGCAGGCCUACACUUUGGCGAUGGAGUCUGGUCCGAGUCGAGGCAGCUCAGCGCAGAAACGUCCGGUCAGAACUCAGGCGGUCAUUGACCAAUCAGACAUGUACACACACGUCCUGUCCAACUUCACAGAGAGGAAGGGAGUCUCCCAUAAAUUCAUCAUCGCUGUGCUGAUGGAGUAUAUCCGCUCUCUGAACCAGUUUCAGAUCACUGUUCAGCACUACCUUUACGAGCUGGUAAUCAAGACAUUGGUGCAGCACAACCUCUUCUACAUGCUGCACCAGUUCCUGCAGUAUCAUGUUCUCAGUGACUCCAAACCUUUGGCCUGUUUGCUCCUAUCUUUGGAGAGUACGUAUCCUCCUGCUCACCAGCUCUCUCUGGACAUGCUGAAGCGUCUCUCUACAGCCAAUGAUGAGAUCGUUGAGGUUCUGCUGUCAAAGCAGCAGGUUCUGGGUGCGCUCAGAUUUAUCCGCAGUGUUGGUGGCCAUGACAAUGUUUCAGCGAGGAAGUUUCUGGAUGCGGCGAGGCAGACAGAGGACCAGAUGUUGUUCUACACCGUGUUCAGGUCGUUCCAGCAGAGGAACCAACGGCUGAGAGGAAGUCCAGGAUUCACUCCUGGAGAGCACUGCGAGGAGCAUGUCGUUUACUUCAAGCAGCUGUUUGGAGAUCAGGCUUUGAUGAAACCCUCCACUGUGUGAGCGAACGACACAAAAACGCACAAGCAUCGACGAUGGACUGGAUUACAACAAACACAUGGAGUUCAGGAGACAAUAAACACAAGAGCUCUGAAUAUUUUGUACAUAAGACAUAAAUAAGACUAACAUUGUAAUUUUUCCUUUGUAAAUAAUAAUUAAUAGUGUACUAAACUGUUUAAAUGAUUAUAGGAACAUGAUUUAAUACUGUGUACAUUGUAAACGCUCAUGUUUUAAAGGCCUUCUGUACAGCUAAUAAAUCAUUAAACUACA